UCAUGGUCUUUUCAAUAAAGAUUUUAAAUAGAUUAAUAACAUAUUUACCCCUCUGUUUCUAUUUUUUACAUUUUAACCCCAAUGUAUUUUCUGACAUUAGUCAAAAGUCAAAACAUACCUCCUCAUAAAUAGUCUUUCCCGUUUGCUUCUCUUUACGAAAUAUUUUGGUCUCUCUCUCAUCAACAUAAUUUCAGACAAAAAGAAAUAUGUCACGAGGAGCAUGCAAAAGAGUAAGCUUUAGUCCUAACCAAGAAGCCACUGAGGAACCUGUAUUCCCAAAACAUCACGACCAGAGAAAGGUGGUCCUCAUUGGAUUUCUCAGUUUCGGUCUCAAGACCUCGCCUGCUGGAAGGAAGCUCAUCCGACGUAUCCGAGCUAGAGUCGCCAAAACGCUGCGUUCUAUGUCCUUUAGUAGGAGUACGACCGACAAAACGUCAUCGUUGUUGCUGUCUUCAUCUUCUCCUUCCUCGUCUAUUCGUAUGAAAAGGUCCAAGUCUCUAGCUGAGUCGGAGUCUCACAGAGCAGAAGCUAUUGAAGACUGCAUUGAGUUCUUGAACUCUUCUUUUUCGCUGUCCAGAUCAAACUCUGUCUCGACGUGGUCUUCUUGAUUUGACCGGUUAGGAUUCGGAUCAAAUGGAACUCCUACUCUCUUUUUCUUCUGGUGAAAUGUUAAAAGAGUUGAGAAUUGUGAAUUGAGCAUUGUAGAGAGGAGUGUUUUAAAUUACUUUUCAGUUCAUUCAAAAAAAUCUACGAGGUUAUUGACUUA